UGAAGCAGCAGUUGAAGAGAUUCUGGCGCUUGCCAUGGCCAAUGAAAAAUCCCAGGAAGGAGUCAAGACUGAGAACAACAACCAUAUUAAUUUGAAGGUAGUGGGGCAGGAUGGUUCUGAGGUGCAGUUUAAGAUUAAGAGAUAUAUACCAUUUAGUAAACAAAUGAAAGCCUAUUGUGAACAACAGGGUUUGCCAAUGAUGCAGAUCAGAUUCCCAUUUGAUGGGCAGCCAAUGAAUGAAACAGACAUACCUGCACAGUUGGACAUGGGGGAUAAAGAUAAAAUUGAUGUGUUUCGGCAGCAGACAAGAGGCGUCUUCUAAAAAGGGAGCCUGCUACUUUACUCCAGAGUUCUGUUCCUAGAGACCAAGAAUACGUUCUGAAUUAGAAAACCGCAGUUUGGUUUCACCACAUCCUGACUACUACAGUGUUGUUUUCUCUGUGCUU